AUGUCCCUUUCAAGAAAAAAUAACCUUUUGCUUAUAUUCAUUCACGGUUUCAAAGGUGAUGAUGAAACUUUUUUGGACUUCCCGAACCGCCUUCAACACGUUCUUCAAGAAAAGAUAUUUAGCAUAGAAACAAGAUCAAUAGUUUAUCCUCGUUAUGAAACUCGAGGUAAUUUAAAAGAGGCUGUUGAAACGUUUUGCUUAUGGCUGGAAAAUGAGGUCAAAAAGCUAACUGGAAACGUUCGAGUUUGUUUACUUGGACAUUCCAUGGGUGGUAUUUUAGCUGCCGAUACAAUCUUAAGAUACGAAAAUCAGACAAUAAGAACGGCUUGUAAACCAAAUAUAAUCGGAUUGUUCGCAUAUGACACCCCAUAUUAUGGGGUACACCAUGAUGUUUUUUCAAAGACUGCGCUCAAUCGAUUUAAUAAAGCAACACAAAGCGUCGGUAGUACACUUACUUUAUUAUCGACCGUCGCUAGUGCUUCCGCUAUCUCUAAUACAGGAUUGGGAAAACGGAGUUUGUUUGGUAUGGUCGCUGUCGGUGUUGGUGCUGUUGCUGCUGCUACUUAUUAUCAUAAAGAUAAAGUUGGUAAAGGUGUGGAAUGGUUGGGAAGUCAUCUUGAAUAUGUUGGUGUCUUGUUUGAUGAAUAUGCAUUGGCGGAAAGAGUUGAAAACCUGGUGAACGUACCAGAUAUUGUUUUUAAGUGUUACUACACUCAGAUUCCACCAAAAAAUGAUGAAUCACCGAAAACGUUCAUUAGCUUGCCACCACCAGAAAUGAUGUCAAACUUUUCUUCCUUAGCUUGUUUAAGCGAAGAUGAAAUUGCCGCUCAUCUUGGAAUGUUUGAUCCAAAUGUUAACCCUUUUUAUUAUGAUUUGGGUCACGUGACUUCAGAACAUAUAUAUGAGAUGUUAUCAAAAAGCGAGGCGAUGCGACUUUUAUAUACGGCAUAUGAGUACAGGAUAUAUUAG